AUGCUUAUGCUUGCGAGACCGCGACCACCAGCUCAAGUCCGGCGAGCGUCGCCAUCGUACACGGCGUGUUGGAGUCCAACGCCGACGUUCUGGGAUUUGCAUGCGUUGCAUUCGUCUCAAUCUCAAGCUGUUUCAGAACUGGAUACUAGCAGUACUAACCAGUUGUACUCGCACUCACCCAACCACUCUCACUCUCACUCCCACUCACUAACCCACUCUCACUCUCACUCUCACUCGCACUCACCAACCCACUCCGACCUCGCCCGUCUCUCAGACCAGAACGCUGAACUCAUCCAGAGAUUGGAAGAGUUGGAGGAAGAGGCCGCGGUGAAGGAAAGAGCGGGGAGGAGGACCGUGGUGAGGUUGGAGAAGGAGAUUCAGGUGCUUAGAGACGAGUUGGACGAGGCGAGGCGUGAAGCUGCGGGUGCCAUGCAGAGUCCGACGAAUCAAACAGCGAGUCAAACGCAAGGGGGAAGGAGAAGAAACGCUGGCGAUAGCGAUGGUGCCGGUGCCGGUGACGGAGAACAUAAUAAUUCCUCCUCUUCCCCCUCCUCCUCUUCCCCCUCCUCCUAUUCCCAUUCCUCCUAUUCCUCCUCCUCCUCUACACUCCACCACUCCAACCCAAAUCCAAACCCAAACCCAAACCCAAUUCCAGAUUCAAUUUCCCCAAUCCUAAUCCCAAUCCUCCAAUACCUCCAAUACCUCCACUGCAAAAUCACCCAACUCGAAGACGCCAAUGUCGCGAUAUGUCGUGAACGUGAACAGCUGGAGGCGGGGUGUAGAGUCCGUGAUGUGCGGGUUGAGGGGGAGGAGAUGAGGGAAUUUCUUUGGGAGGGGGUUGAUAUUUUGGACGUCUUGAACACUUCGGACGGGGCUCCAGAUAACUAUAACUAUAACUAUGGAAGCACUCCCACUCCCACUCCCACUCCCACUCCCAUCGACUUGGAAUCCGAGCUCGUCCACAGUACACAACGCACAAAGUACACGAAGUACACGAAGUACACGAAGGAUAGAAGAAACACCGUUGUUGGGUUGUCCGAACAAGAACAAGAACCGCUCGAGGUCGAUUCUAUGUCUUUAAUUCAUUCUCGCUCCGAAUCACUAAAUUCUCGCUCCCAAUCACUCAAUGAACCCGAUGGACUCGAUGGUGGAACACCGAAAAGUGAAAUCGGAGAUCUCGAUUUCGAUUUCGAUUUCUCAUGUUUGGAUCUUGGAAUGAGUGAGCUUGGGGGGAUUGAUGUCGAUGAGGGCCUUUCUUCGCAGUAUCAAUUGCUUUCUCUUUCUCCUUCUCGUACUCCUCUUACUCCCCUUACUCCUUCUCAUACUCCUACUCCUACUCCUACUCCUACUCCUCCUUCUCCUACUCAUACUCAUACUCCUCGUUUACAAGUAUCCCCAAAAUCCACACAAACCCUAACCCCCACCUCUCCCCAUACCCAUACCCAUACCCCCACCUCUCACCCUCACCCUCCCCGCCGUCCCUCCCUUUCUCAAACCGUCAAAGCCCGGAGUCCGAGGUGGAGUUGGAGUUGGAGUUGGAGUUGGAGGUGGAGCAGGUGGAGUCCGAUUCUGAGGUUGAGCGAUAUUUUCACAUCGGCAUCGGCAUCGGCAUCUACACCAACAUCCACCUCAUCCACAUCCCCAUCCCCCUCACCCUCCCCCUCGCCCUCACCCUCAGCAUCCCCACCCUCCCCAUCAGCAACACCAACACCCAAAAUCCCCCCCCUGCAUUCAGCGCUCCUCGAAGCGUGGGCGUGGGUCCACCUCCUUGUUGUGCUGGGGGUGUUUGUGUGGGGUGUGGCCAGGCGGGGGCCGAGUGGGGUUUUGGAGUGUGGGGGACGUUGUGCGGGUGGGGGUGGUGGUGGGGAUGGGAGUGGGGGUGGAGGUGAGGGUGAUGAGGGUAAGGGUAGGGUGGGAGUGGGGGUGGAGGUGGGGGUGGGGAUGGGAGUGAGGGACAUUGUGGGGGUAGAGAUGAAGAUGGGGAGAAAUACAUAG